GGUUCCUCCAAUGAUAAAGACAUCCCCGUGACGCAUCUGAUUAUUGCUCUUACAGCUCACAGUCGGACCAGGUGUUUUUUUUUAGUUUGUCCGUUCUAUCAGUUACGAGGGGAAAAUGCUCACCACCGCCUUGUUUUUCAUGCUGACCGGCUACGUUCUGGCUCAAGACUACUGCCAGAACCUGAGCCAGAACUGCGGUGCGAGUCCGGGAUGGCCCUUCCAGUCCAUGUGCGACACAGUUGAUUACGUCAGACCCAACUGUCCCGAGUUCUGCGGCGACUGCACCUGUGCUACGGACCCCCGUGGACCGUGCCUAAACGGCGGCAUCAGGGGAGGAAACCCCGCCAACUGGGGACCCAACACCUGCGACUGUAACUGCGUGGGAAACUGGGCCGGCGAGUUCUGUGAAGUGUGUACCCUGACGUGCGCUAACGGUGGCCAGGUGGACCCUGCUACCUGUGUCUGCGUCUGUCCGACUGGUUACUAUGGUGACGACUGCUCGGAAACUUGUAAGAACACGGACCCGAAGUGCGGCGCCAGUCCAGGGUGGCCGCUGACUGACAUGUGUACUACCGACUAUGUGGAGGAGGCGUGCCAGGAGUUCUGCGGGAAAUGCAGUUGCGCUGACGACCCGAGGGGACCGUGCUUAAACGGCGGCAACAGGGGAGGAAACCCCGCCAACUGGGGAGACAACACCUGCAACUGCAACUGCCCCGGGUACUGGGCCGGAGACUUCUGUGAAACCUGCACUCUGCACUGUUUCAAUGGCGGACAGCUGGACGCUAACACCUGCACCUGCACCUGCCCAGCUGGCUGGGACGGAGAGGACUGCUCAGACGUGUGCCAGGACAGCAACAUCAACUGCGGAGCCAACCCCGGCUGGCCCUCCCCCGACAUGUGCUCCAUUGACUACGUUGCAGAAAACUGCCACGCUUUCUGUAGCAUCUGCACUCCCGCCAAUGUUGUGAUUGGUGACUGUACUGACGCGGACAGCGGACUGCCUUACACCGUGGGGCAGAUGUGGGCCAAGCACGACCCCAUCCGCCAGGUCACCAUGAUCUGCACCUGCAUGGCGGCCAACUCCUACACCUGCGUGGACGCCUAGAAGGUCACAGGUCAAGACCAGGCCAAGAUGGCCGCCAGGUUUCCAUAGCAACGAAGCUUUUUGACUGCAAAUCGACGUUGAUCCUUCGCAUAAAGUCUGAAGGAGAAUAAAAUAGUGCUUGCAUA